CGGCGGCAGUGCGACUCUUGAGUGUGUGCUUUCGCAGUAGGCCUCGUUGUUGUUUUAUGCAAAGCGUGCGGAGCGCGAUAGGACGCGCCGCAAUGUAUGCAAAUGAGCCUCUCGGGCAGAAGCGCCGCACAGGUCAGGAAGAUGAGCGCAGACACUCUGGAGCAGUCGGACACUCAGGGGGAGCAGACAAAGCUUAAAGGAUCUGGAUUCCACCGACCAAUCAAGACCGAGGACAUCAACGAUUCAUCCCACCUGAUUUCCUCACUGAAGACAUGUCACAUGACGCAAAGUCCGUCCAUGCACGCUUCACACAUGACUGGGGACCUGACGUCCCUGCACAGCAUGCACGGCAUGGUCCUGAUGCCCCCGUCUCACCUGUCGUCUCCGUCCCCCUUCCUGCUGUCCCAGAACCUCCCCAGUCAUCAAGCUCUUCUGCAGCAGAACCUGAUGUCGCUGCCGGGGCAGAACCAGAACGGUGUCCUGCAUCACCAGCCCGGCCUGGCUUUGACUCCUCAGGCGAUGAGUCGUUCGGGCCUGGUGGGCCCCUCGUUGGACAACCACAUGGAGAUGUCCCACCUGCAGAUGGUCAAACAAAUGACACUGCCGCCCCAGGAAGAACCCAGCGACCUGGAGGAGCUGGAGCAGUUUGCCAAAGCCUUCAAGCAGAGACGCAUCAAACUGGGCUUCACGCAGGGCGACGUGGGCCUGGCCAUGGGCAAGCUGUACGGCAACGACUUCAGCCAGACCACCAUCUCCCGCUUCGAGGCUCUUAACUUGAGCUUCAAGAACAUGUGCAAGCUCAAACCUCUGCUGGAAAAGUGGCUGAGCGACGCAGAGAACUCCCCUUCCGACUGCAUGAGCAGCGCCGCCUCCCUGCCGCCGCUGCUGGAAGGCUACGGCCGCAAGCGUAAAAAGAGGACCAGCAUUGAGACCAACAUCAAGCUCACGCUGGAGAAGCGCUUCCUCGACAACCCCAAGCCCAACUCCGAGGAGAUCACGCUGAUUUCCGAGCAGCUGGCCAUGGAGAAGGAGGUCGUCCGGGUUUGGUUCUGCAACCGGCGCCAGAAGGAGAAGCGGAUCUACUGCCCUGUCACUAGCUUGCCCGUCAACUCCAGGAUGGCCACCGCAAUGUCGCGACCGUACAGCCCGCUCGCUUCAGGCGGAGUUUCUUCCAAUUCAUCUCCCAACUGCUUGAGCCGGGAAGUUUCCCCCGUCGGCCUGUCCAUGUCCUCGGGCUCAUUAAUGUCUCACAUCAACCCGCCGCCGUCUUACAGCACUCCAGGGGAAUGGGGCCGUUGGAAUUCGAUCGGCUAUCACCACUGAGGUACCUCAGCCACUUUGCUGAUGUCUUGAAUUUUCGAAGGAUGUACAAAGAAGAGUUUGAGAAGGAGAUGAGGGAAACUUUGAAACACACCCAAGAAACAUCGUGAGCUCUCACCGUCAAGGCUUUCACGGUCCAGCUCAUAAGCUUCUAAGUGUGAGACUGUUUAAAAAAAGAAAUCCACUUUGAUAUUCACCAUGUCCGUAUGGCAUGUUAUUUUUAUUUUUUUUUGUCUACAUGCAUUUUUAAAUUUUAAACCACUGGCUUGCAAGCAGUCAAACAAUGGUGCCGAGAUUAGUGGGCUAACUCAUUUUUUUUGUUGAAGAUUGAAUUUUAAAUGAACCCUAAGUUAGACAAAAAACAAACUAUAAUUACAAACAAGUUCAGUGCAAUAGUGGUUUAGGUUUAAACAUCCUGCAAAAAACCAUCAGAUGACAUUCGCUUAGAAAGCAGAGAAUGCAGUUUCUGAAGAAAUUACGUGAGAAGGCUCAGAUAUACAUACAACAACGAGCUGAACAUGUUGAAGUUGAAAUGGUUUGUAAAUGUAUACAAAUAUAAAAACUCCAGCUGUGGAAUGGCUCAUUAAAAGACUAUUUGAUAUAAAAAUACUAAGAAUGGACUGAAUUGUAUUUAUGUAUGUAUGUUUCAGUUCAGUUUAAAUUUCAAAAGGUUAGAUGUUGUAUAGUUCUUGUCACACGCUUAUCUUAAAACACUGUGUACAGCUGUUGCUCAUACCCUUUCGAAGGUGGAGGUGGAAUGUCCAAAAUGGAGGCAUGCAGGCCGAGGGAGAGAGGCAAUGGCAGGCAGGCGGGCAAGCAAGGAAAGCGGGGAGAGGGAAUGGCAGGCAAGCAGGCAAACAGGUGGCACACAGGUACAAAUCCAAAUUGUUUGUAAUUCAACUAAGGUUUCAACAUAAAGGGUUCCAAGAAGUAAACAAAAGUUUGUUUUCUAAAAUCCAAGUUCCUAAAAUGACAAGCUUGGAGCAGACUUCUAGUAGCUUGAAGCGGCCUUUUAGCGGGAAAAAACUAUGUCACUAUUAUCUUCCUUCUUUAUCUAACUGAGACUGACUACCAAGUGGGAGCAGCCUAUUUCCUGAUCAGGUGACCAAAGGCUUUGUCAAAUAAACAAAACAAAAAUAAGAAAUUAAGCUAAGGAAACUAAAUUGGCUCCAACAAGAUGUCAAAUAAUACUGAAUGAUAUACAUACAACAAUGAGCUGAACAUGUUGAAGUUGAAAUGGUUUGUAAAUGUAUAAAAAUAUAAAAACUCCAGCUGUGGAAUGGAUCAUUAAAAGACUUUAUUUGAUAUCAAAA